AAUGGCGUUGGUUGCCGCAAGUUUCUUUACUUGUAAUUCACGUAAACUCCUACAUUUUUAUUAUUAAACGUAAUAAAUUAACAAAUUAACAUAAAACAAUCAUUCAUAAGUGAAAGUCAUCUUAAAAUAACUUUAUUUAUUUUUUAAAUUUAAAAAUAUCAUCUUGUCAAAUUUAAAUAUAUCUAAAAUUUUUUUUUUAUAAAUUUAUUUAUUUCAUUUUUUUACGUCUACAGGUCUACAGUUUGCGACAAAUAAAUUUUUUGUUGAAAUAUAAAUAACCACAUCAUUAACCUUAAUUAAUUAAAUUAAAUAAAAGUAAUAAAUAAUUAAUUAAUUAAAUUAUUAAUUAUUUUAUUUACAGUGUAAGUGUUUUUAAAAUAAAUAUCAAAAAGUCAAAAAUAUUUUUGAAUUAAGUGAUUGCCAAAAUACGUGAAAUACUCGUUUACAAAAGUGUAUAGUUUUAAAACAUAAUUAUCAAUCAGAAUGACCCAAAUAAUAAUUAUGUUGCUCAAUUAAUUGAGGCCAAUAGAAUCGGUCUCAAAAAUAAUAUAUUUAUUUAUUUGAAGAAAAUGAAACUUAGAUAAAAUAAUGACAUUGAUAAUUAAGUAACUAAAGUAAUUAUAAAUUAAGUGAUUAAUUAACGUGUGAUUAUAAUUGUGUGAUAAAAAAAAAAACAAGUUUUUUUUUCGGCGGUGACGAUGACGUUAAAUCCUAGAGAUAUGGAUGGCUUUAUGCCUUUACUAUCAACUAGCGAUAUUAAAACAAAAAUGAUUAUUGGCAACAAUUUAUUAACGUAUCUUGGUGAUUUAAAUAACAGCAUUGAAUGUCAAGACAUUGGAUUAUUUAUUGAUAAUGUUAUUCCUUGGUUAAAUAAUGGAAAUGCUAAGAUCGUUCAAAAUGGAUUGGAGAUACUUACACAAAUUGCUGAUCGUAUGGGACAUGAUUUUAAGCCAUAUAUAUCAUCAAUUAUCCAGCCUACAAUUGAUAGAUUAGGUGACAGUAAAGAUUUAACGCGAGAAAAAGCAAGACUGGUAUUGUUAAAGAUUCUAGAAAAAGGAAGUAUGGUACCACAACAAUUAUUGGAUCGUAUUCAUCCAGCAUUUAGUCAUAAAAACGCUAAAUUAAGAGAAGAAGCAUUAUUAUUGUUAACAACAAUUUUAGCUGAGCACGGUGCGGAUUUACUGUCAUUAUCAUCAUUAAUACCGAGUAUCGUAAAAUUAUUAUCGGAUCCUAAUGAAAAAGUUCGUGAGACUGCCGUUAAUACAGUUGUCAAUAUUUAUAGACACGUUGGUGAAAGAUUUCGUAAUGACUUACAACGUAAUCAUAAUUUGCCUGCAGCUAAAUGGCAGUUACUGGUUGAAAAAUUUGAUCAAGUCAGGGCUGAAGGCGAUCUUUUUCCACAUGCAAAUGCAAUGGAUGUCGGAAGAGACACAGAUGAGCUGGACAGAGCGGUAAGAUCUGCACCAGCGAAAAAAAUAAAAAGUGUUCUACCAAAAAAGAGCCAAUUUGGACCAAGUUCUAAAAUACCUCCUAUAGGAAUAAAAUUAAGCGAGCGAUUAAAUUCAGGUAGCGCUAGUGCUGGUGCAGUUGACGAAGAAUCAUUUUUGACAGCAUUCGAAGAUGUACCUCAGGUACAUUUAUUUUCAGCCAAAGAUCUUGAGGAGCAUUUUAAAUCAAUACGUGAUACUAUUGGCGAUGACAAAAAAGAUUGGAACCAAAGAAUCGAUCAACUGAAAAAAUUACGCGCUAUAGUAAUGGCUGGUGGGGCAUCUUACGAAAAUUUUAUGGAUUUAUUAAAAAGCUUACAAAACCCAUACGAGGGUGCUUGUACUGAUUUGAGAUCUCAAGUUGUCAAAGAAGCGACUAUCACACUUGCGUAUCUAAGCCGACAAUUAAAAAAUAAAAUUGCUCAUUUUAUUGAAGGCUUACUUGGGUCGGUAAUGAAUCUCAUACAAAAUAGUGCCAAGGUUGUAUCAUCAUCAGGAGCAGUAGCGUUACGGUUUAUAUUUCAACAUACUCACAGUCCACGGUUUAUUCCAAUACUUACCGCAUUUUUUACAAGUAAAAGUAAAGACAUACGUCGGGCUGCUUGUGAAUAUGUUAGUCUAAUAUUACAGACAUGGUCAACUCAGUUACUACAAAAACAUAUUAAAACAUUGCAAGAUGCUAUUGGUAAAGGAAUUGGUGAUCCUGAUGCUGAAGCAAGAGUUUUUGCGAGAAAAGCGUACUGGGCCUUUAGAGAUCAUUUUCCUGAGCAAGCAGAAGCACUACUUAAAUCUAUGGAUGCAUCGCACAAACGGAAUUUAUUAUCUCAAAGCAAUAGUGGUAGUGUAAAUAGUUUAAAUGCUGUAACAAGAACACCAAGUAUACCACCAAGAUCUACGCGACCGACGAUGAGUGCAGCAGGCAGUACGGAAAAUUUACAUCAAACUCAAAGUCCACCAUAUGGACCACUUAAACGGACACCAUCUCUACCACGAUCUUAUCGUCAGUCUGGAAUUCCAGUUCUACAAAGACCAACUGACAAUUACUGUCGAGUGUCUCCAGGACCUAGGUCGAAUAGUGCAAUAGACCUUCAAGCGGCUCGACGUGCACAAUCAAGACUAAAAUAUGCUAGUAUAAACCGUACUAAAGCUACUACCUCUCGACCAGCAGCGAAAGUUGAAACCAAUUUCUUUACGAGUCCUGAAAGAUCGGCUAGAACGAAAACACGAGUCUCAGGAGUUUCACAAUCUCAACCAAGCAGUAGAUCAUGUUCACCAGCAUCACGAAUGUCCUAUGCAUCUUAUAAUCGUGAAGGAGAGUCAUUUAUUGCUCGUCCAAGACGACUUUCUGGUCAAGGAAUGCGAAGCAAUGAAACAAGUCGUGAUCCAAGUCCUCAACGAUUUGGCUUAGAUCGUAGUGUCAGUUCUAAGUUACGUGAACGUAAUUUAUAUAUGUCACCACGACCACCCGUGAUGGCUCAAAAAAUGUUACAGCAAUCACAAGCUGCAGAAUCAGCUCUAGCUGACGCUUUGACUUUUGAUCGUGACCAUCUUCCAAAAACACCCAGAAGUAAAGGUGAUCAUAGUGAUGAUAGUGAGACUAGUAGUAUUUGUUCUGAGCGUAGUAUGGAAAAUUUUCGACGACCAAGUGAUUCUUUUUCCUGGAGCGGUUCGCAACAACGACUCUAUCGCGAUACGUGGGAUACAUCAGGGCCGAAGGACAUAAAAGAAAUAAUAGAAUGGUGCGGACGUAAACAGUGGGGUGAACGUAAGGAAGGAUUAAUGGACUUGCAACAAUUUUUGAUGAACGGAAACACAUUGACAGCCACGGAAUUACGUCAAAUAACGGAUAUAUUCACAAAAAUGUUUAUGGAUUCACAUACCAAAGUAUUCAGUUUAUUUUUGGAUACCCUUAAUGAACUUAUUGCAAGUCACAGUGAGGAUUUAGUUGAUUGGCUUUACGUUUUAUGUACACGAUUACUCAACAAACUUGGAAUGGAUCUUCUUGUAUCAAUUCAAACAAAAAUAAAUCGAUCACUUGAUGUUGUAAGGGAAUACUUUCCAAGUGAGCAAUUGUUGCCCGUAGUCAUGCGUUUCUUAACUGAUCCCGCCCACACUCCAAACUCUCGAGUAAAAGUUGCAACGCUUACAUUUUUAACUCACAUAACCGAGAAUGCUGAGCCUUCAUCAUUAACCCCGAGCUGUAAAUCCGCACUCGUACGUUUAUUAGACUGGACAAAUGACGUAAAAAGUCAAGAAGUUCGUCGUCAUGCUCAAGAAGCCAUAAUAGCCCUUUAUAAUCUAAAUCCGCCUUUAUUUCCAAUGAUGUUGAACGAACUUCCUAAAAUGUAUCAAGAUAUCGCAAUGCCUUUAAUUCAAAAUCAUUUGAAACGAUCACCAGCUUCAAAUCCAGCUUCACCAAGUGGUCAAAUACCUCGAGUUCCUCAGUCUCCAGCUCGGAUAUUACGUCACGAUUUAGAAUCCGAUGAUCACUUGAACCCAGAGGAAGUUUACAAAUCGCUGCGACGUACAACAGCGGAAAUUCAAAAUUAUGGAUUCGAACGUAUGGAAGGUGCGACUUCAAGUAAAGAUUCUGGUAUCAGUAAUAUGGCAGAUGUUGAAGAAAAAAUAGAAUCUUUAACUCUAUCGAAUUCUGGAAGAUCAUCAUCAGUCUCGUCGCCAACUCAACGUGGUCGCAGUGUCAAUUCUAUUGCCGUGAACGGCUCAAGUGAUACAAUAGCUGGUGAUUUAAUUUUACCUGAUCGCCGUAACAACGGAUAUGAAGGACAUAAUUCCGGUGUAUCACCAGAACUUCCACGUGGUCCGGAAGUAUUUGAAAGAACGUUAAUUUUACUUCAGAGUCCAGAGACACAUACUGUAGAUAAAGCCAACGUUUUACGAGAUUUUCAACUUUAUAUUCGUGAAGGUGAUGGUGCAAAAUACGUCAUAACACAAUUUAAAAAAUUACUUAAAACAAUGCUCGAUUGUUUGGCAUUAGAUGAUAAAAGUCUUGAAAUAGAAGUCCUAAAAACUUUGAUUGAAAUGCUAAAGUGUCGUGAUUUAACAAAUUAUUUUGAUGAUUUCGCGGAUUUAUUGAUUUUAAAAGUUUUAAAUGAACAUAAGUCGGAAGCUUAUGAGGGUUCAAGCAGUAGCCCACGACGAGGUCACUCGAGUGCACAAUGUGCUAAACCUCUUCAAUUACUAAAAGCUGCUGAAGAUUGUGCUGCUAUGAUUGCUGCUGUUUUACCAGCCCAUAAAACGAUUCAUUUAGCUUUGACUACAGCUAAAACUGAACCUUUUCCGAAAAAUGUUGCGGCUAUUAAGAUGAUACAGAAUGUAGUUGAGCAUCGAGGAAAAGAAGCGCUUGGGGCACAAAUUGAUGAUGUUAUGGGAACACUUAUGCAGGCAUAUGAGAAUCCAGAAAGUGUUGUACGUAAAGCAGCGGUAUUUUGUAUGGUAGCAAUUCAUGCUGCUAUUGGUGAAGAAGCAUUUAAUAAAUACCGUAAAAAUCUUUAUGGUGGAAAAUUAAAAUUAUUAAAUAUUUAUAUACAAAAAGCACAAGAAGCUGUUCAAUCAUCAUCGAGUCCGAGAAGUAAUCAUAGUAAAAAUUAACUAACAUUUAAAAAUAAUAAUAGUAAUAGUAAUAGUAAUUCAGAGACACUAAGAGUUUCAAUAUUGAAGCGGUUUGCAAGAUUUCAAGAGAGACAUGAGUCAUUAUUAUUACGUUUUAUUGGUAAAAGUGCAACAAAUCCGUAACAUUUAAUACGUAAUUAAUAAAUAAAUAAAAAAACAAUA